GAUCGCCAGAGCCACGGGUUCGCGCAGCUAUCCCAGCGUGACGCAGCUGGGCCAGACCAACCCGUCACAUUGAGCGACAGCGACGUCGAGGAGACACAUGCCGUCGUCGACAAGGGCCCGAUCGCAGUUCAGCCAGCCAGCCGGACUCCGACUGUAGUUGCGACCAAGCCCUGGGCACGCCCGGCCCCGACACUCGACGAAUUUGUUGUGUGUACUUUGGAGCGCGAGCCCGUGCAACAUGACGAGCAGCCCAUUCGGCCGCAUCGGCGGCGGCAGCUCCGCGCUCGCGGCGACGACAACAUCAGCCAGCCUGCCGACCUCGACAGCGCGCCGAUCUUCGCGAUCGCCGCCCAGCAGGACACUCUGCCAGAGACGCAGCCACUAGGGGCCGCCGCGGAGCUUGCGACGCUGCAGCACGACGCCGUCGACCAGCCAGGCGGCGCGACCUCGCCAACCCCGGGCGCGCAGGCGAGCCUGGGUGCCCAGGCGGCGCGCGCUGGAGCCUCGCCGCAGCCCGAGCCCAGCAUGGAUGCUGGCGUGGCCCAGGGCAGCUCGGGCUCGGAAGAUCGCUCCGAGCUCAGCCAGCCGAUGGUCGACGGUGGCUCGGCUGCUGGUCAGGGCCAGCGGGCGCCGAGCGAGGCGCGCCCAGAGGUGCUCGACGGCGCAGCCGCGGACAGCCAGGGCGCCGCAGUCGGCGAAGCUGGGGAGGAGGUGCCCACGGGGCAGGAGCUGCCAGACCGCCAGCCAGAUAUGGUGGACACCAACUCUUGUGACCACGAGCCCGAGCUGGACCCGAGCCAGCCGUCGUCGCCCUCCGCAGUCGACUGCGCGACGCGCAUCAGCAGCUUCGAGCAGGAGAUGGUGGCGCUCUUCAGGCAGAAGCUCAAGGGACAGGAGCUGCCGACCACCGUGGGGGGCGCCCAGCAGGAGGAGGAGGAGGACAUCGACGACGACGUGUUGGAGGCGCGUGCGAAGGCUGGGUUCGACUUCGCGGCUCGGGGCGCCCUGGGAAGUAGAUUCACGCGCUGGCUGAAGGCAAAUGGACAGUGGGAUGGGUUUGGCAGGCCCGCGAGAGAUGCCAGGGCCAAGCGCAGGCGCGAGUGGGCCGAGGAGCAGUGCAGCGAGGCCAUCAAGAAGCGGUCCAAGGUGACGCAGGACUCCGAGUCCGACAUCAAGAUUGGACGGAUGACGAACCUGGACCAGCUCAUCGCAGCGGAGGGCGGGCACCACAGCGCCACCGCAAUUGCGGGGGCCCAUGGGAUAGCCAAGUCCGCCCUGGAGCGUGGCGCGGGGUGGGUCGCCAUCGACCCCUGCAGCAAGAGGAUGAAGUUCCGCCACAUCUCCGAGGAGACGCGCCAGGAGUCCAGCGAGAUCUGGCGGGCGACGUCGGAGCAGACGGCACGCCCUGCGCCGUCAUCGGCUGGCCCAUCGACAAUGUCGCCAGACUUGGCAGCGGCGCGGGAGCGGGCCAUCGCCCACUUCAACCAGCCCACGGCAUUCGGCAACUUCCCUCCUGCAGUCCACGCCAACAUUGCAGCCGCCGCCCCGUUGCAGCCCAAGGCGCAGCCAAGCGCCGCGCCAGCGGCUGCUGCCGCGAGCAGCGCAGCUGCGCUGCCAGCAGGGCCCGCAGUCGACACCGCGCCGGCCACCACGGCGUUGCAGCUGGCCAAGGACACGCCCCCGAAGCCGACGGCGAAGACCAAUGCUGGCGUGGCUGGCGUGGCUGGAGCG